GUACUACUCACAUGAGCGCUGGCGCGCACAGAGAUCGAAAAGAGGCGGAUGUAUGGUGUGACUCUGCAUCAACACUGACAUUGAUGGAAUGGGCGCAUUCUGCUCAUGUCUUGGUCAGCGGCCUUCUUCGCAGGAUGGUGACCUCGAUCGCAUCCUGAAUUCAGAACAACCGACGUACGGCACCAUCGAAGACAGCGGCGGUGUGUCGCCUCGCGACGAAGAGGAGUUGAGAAGAGAGCGCGAUGCUCUGGAGCAUAUUACUGCUCAGGCGGCUGACCAUAUGAUCGAUAUCAACCAUCCGAGCCAAGCAGACCUGAAUCAAGGCUUCGUCGACACGGCCAACCAUCACAGAGAGCAAACAGACGAUCUCUCGGUAGAGCCCUCACAGGAUCAGGAUCAGGAUCAGGAUGACUCCGAGGAAGCAGCGUGGCUGCGAGGCAUCGAAGAGGAAGGGACAAAGAUACAGAUCCCGCAGCGCGGAACACUCGUGAUGGACAUUAGCCUGCUACGGAACACUCCGCAGCGGAGGGAGGUAGUGCACUGAAACUGUGUGCUUCUGCUUAUGGCACUCCAGUCAUGGACGUCGCGAGACCCACGAGAUGGAGGGCAGAAGUGCUUCCAGGUGGGCUAUGGCGCCCCCGGUUGAUGUGGCGCUCACUGCAAUCGAUCUCGACUCACAUAUGCGUGCGAAGUUGCCGGAAGCAUCAACUUGCGCAGGCGUACCUCGAAACUUAAUUUGAAGUCGAUUGGGACCAGAAUCGCUUGCUUUCUUGCAAGAGGAUAUCCUGCAGAAGUGUACAGGUCUCGUCGUCCAUUUACCAUUAGUACCUAAUGAAUUGAUAUACCAG